UUCACCCCGGCAGCCAGCGGCUUUCACAUCCGGGCGGCUCUCUUGCGCCUCUUCAAUCGCAAUCCGCUUCCCUUCCCUGCGCUCUCGACUAGGGGAGGUCCGCAGGUGCAGAAGAAUCCCCUUGAAUCGCGGGGUCUCUGUGAGCGUGUGGCACCGGGCCUCCGAGGCGCUGCUUACCCCGCACAGCCGAUCGCACAUGACGCUGUCUCCACCGAUGGUGGUGCACGGCGCCGAGCGCUCCCCGUCGGUGCGACAUCCUCGCGCUCAAGUAGCAUCGCAGGCUACCGUUAGCUAACAUCAUCGAUCUCUCCGCUACUCCACCCCCUCCUCUCCCCGAGAUCGAUCCCCACUGUCGAUCCAUCACAUCGGCUUUCGGUUGAUAGCGAACACCGGCCCACGGUGGGCACCCCUCAUUCCCGGACCAGCGCAUGAAGGCCGCCUGUUUCUCCUCGGAUUUGGGGCCCGCAAAGAGCAACGUUAGCCUCGGAGUUUAGACCCGUAAUUUUUAGACCACCGACCUCCUUUCCAGCCCCCUCUGUGGCCUUUCAGGGGUCCGGUUCUUCUCUACCUCAGUGCCCCGAUGCUUCCCUAUCCCUGUGUGUAACCUCAGCUGCUAAUCACUCCAAGAUCCACCACCCCCUCCCCGUCUCUGCUGCUUCUGUUAACCCCACCAAGGAGUGCUGCUCGGCGGGCAGUGACUGCGGCUUUUCCCGGCGGACAUCCCUGGUUUUCUCAUCAUCCCUGCCUCCACUUUUCUGACUCUGGUUGCUUUUCUCUGCACGAUAGCUGGCUGGCCAGCUCCGCUUUACACCCACACACGUUAUCCCCAUUCAUACAACCCCCCCACCCCACCCCCCAUUUUAGUCUGCCAUCCACAUCCCAGCAGAUCUCCGUGACAGGCGCCCCACGGCACCCGAGCCACGGGUCUCGCCAUGCCGGGUCCGGUGGCCGGUAGCAAAGCCCGUGUGUACGCAGACGUCAACACGCUGAAGACCCGCGAGUACUGGGACUACGAGGCCCACGUACCCAACUGGAACAACCAGGAGGACUACCAGCUGGUUCGAAAGCUGGGCAGAGGGAAGUACAGCGAAGUGUUCGAGGCUAUCAACAUCACCAACAAUGAGAAGGUGGUGGUCAAAAUCCUGAAGCCGGUCAAGAAGAAGAAGAUCAAGCGAGAGAUUAAAAUCCUGGAGAACUUGCGAGGAGGGACCAAUAUCAUCCGUCUGGUGGACACAGUGAAAGACCCAGUGUCCAGAACGCCAGCACUCGUCUUUGAAUGCAUCAAUAACACAGACUUCAAGGAGUUGUACCAGAAGUUGACAGAUUACGAUAUCCGUUUCUAUAUGUAUGAACUACUGAAGGCUCUGGACUACUGUCACAGUAUGGGAAUCAUGCAUCGUGAUGUCAAACCUCACAAUGUGAUGAUCGACCACCAGUUGAGAAAGCUACGUCUUAUAGAUUGGGGUUUGGCAGAGUUUUACCACCCGUCCCAGGAGUACAACGUCAGAGUGGCCUCGCGAUAUUUCAAAGGCCCCGAACUCCUCGUGGACUACCAGAUGUAUGAUUACAGUCUAGACAUGUGGAGCCUGGGCUGCAUGCUGGCCAGUAUGAUCUUUCAGAAAGAGCCCUUCUUCCACGGACAAGACAACUACGAUCAGCUGGUGCGAAUUGCCAAAGUCCUGGGGACAGACGAGCUUUUGCAGAGCAGGAAGCGCUGGGAACAGUUUGUGCAGACGGAGAAUCAGCACUUGGUGAGCCCCGAAGCUCUGGACCUGCUGGACAAGCUGCUACGAUACGAUCACCAACAGAGACUGACCGCCACAGAGGCCAUGGAGCACCCCUACUUCUACCCUGUAGUGAAGGAGCAGUCUUUGUCGAAUUCUGACAGCAACAUGGUUUCCAGUGGCAACACUACAGCGCGAUGAAACACGGAAGCGGAAAAAGAAGUUUGUUACCUCAACUUUGUACCCGGUUGUGACAGUGACUUUGACAAGUGUACAGUGACAAUGGAUCAAAGUAACUCUGACCAGUUACACACUCACAGAUACACACAUCAGUGCAAGCACACCUCUACAUGUACAAACACAGAUGCAGACGUGUAUACAUAAACCCUCCUCCUCUGUAUCAGUCUGUGAUUGGCUUGUCCUGGUUCCCUGUCCAGCAGACCUGACCAGUGAGCUUGAAGCUGCUCCACCCCCUCCACCCAUUGUCCCCCUCAGCUGGUCUCUGUCCUCACAGCUCAGUUUCAUGUUGGCCAGUGAAGACAAACUACAAUUCAGUCCCUCCUCCUCCUCUUUCUGUCCAGCCCUCCUUUAUAGCGCCCCCUCUUUGUUUGCAUCAGCAUGGAGAAUGAACAGGAGCGUGAACCUGUACAGGUCCCGCCCCCGACCCUAACUUGUCUGUCUCCUUCCUGUUUUUUCCUCCCCACCCUCUUCCCCCUUCAGACAGACAGGCAUCUUAGCACUACUCCAGAUCUGAACGUGGCAUGGUGGACUCUCUCUAGAUAGAAUGAUGAUGAUGAUGACGAUGAUAAUAAUAUUAAUAUUAAUGAAAAUUAAAUGAUUUUUAUUUAGAUGAA